CUUCCAUGUCUCCCUGUCAAACCAAAAAGCCCAUUCAAGAAACUUCCCCGUUGAAACGCUCCCAUUUUCUUGGUUUCCCCUUUUCCUUUCCCCUAAUUCUGCUGAGAGAGAUGAUGAGUUCUUGGAUGGCCGGAUCCGCCCUCCUCCGGCAGCUGGGCCCCCGCCUCUGCUCCGCCGCCGGCGAGCCCUCGUACACGCUCUUUCUGACCGGAUACGCUGCUUCAGCGACGGCGAAAUCCCCGGCUGCCGCGCUGGUGCGGCUGUUCCCGGCGCGGAUGGCCAGCACCACGGCGGCGACUCCGGCGGUCGGAGGCGCGGAGGAGGAGUCCAAGUCCGCCACCCCCAAGGAGGCCUCCACGGCCCAUCCCAGUGAGCGGAAGGCGAUCGCGAGCUAUUGGGGUAUCGACAGCAACAAGCUCGUCAAGGAGGACGGUACCGAGUGGAAGUGGUCCUGCUUCAGGCCGUGGGAGACGUAUAAGGCGGAUCUGAGCAUCGAUCUAAAGAAACACCAUGUUCCGACGACGUUUCUGGACAAGGUGGCGUACUGGACCGUCAAGUCUCUGCGAGUCCCCACCGAUAUCUUCUUCCAGAGGCGGUAUGGAUGCCGGGCGAUGAUGCUGGAGACGGUAGCGGCGGUGCCGGGUAUGGUGGGCGGCAUGCUGCUCCACCUCCGCUCCCUCCGCCGCUUCGAGCAAAGCGGCGGGUGGAUCCGCGCGCUCUUAGAAGAGGCGGAGAACGAGCGGAUGCACCUGAUGACCUUCAUGGAGGUGGCCAAGCCCCGUUGGUACGAGCGCGCCCUCGUCAUCGCCGUCCAGGGGAUCUUCUUCAACGCCUACUUCGUGGGCUACCUCCUCUCUCCCAAGUUCGCCCACCGCGUCGUCGGCUACCUCGAGGAGGAGGCCAUCCACUCCUACACCGAGUACCUCAAGGACCUCGACGCCGGCAAGAUCCCCAACGUCCCCGCCCCGGCCAUCGCCAUCGACUACUGGCGCCUCCUCCCCGACGCCACCCUCAAGGACGUCGUCACCGUCGUCCGCGCCGAUGAGGCCCACCACCGCGACGUCAACCACUUCGCCUCGGAUGUUCACUACCAAGGGAUGGAGCUGAAGGAGGCGCCUGCGCCGCUGGGGUACCACUGAGUCGCUGCUGCUGAGCCUGAUGUCGACAGUGGGUUGAUGGAGGUAUCAAGAGAGAAGAACUAAAGCUGUAUAUGGUGCAUUAAUAAAGUCCGUGCUGUUAGAGUAUAGAGGCUUAUUUUUGUUUUGGUUACUCAUGACUAUAUGGAGUUUAGGUUAUAUUGUGUAACCUUAUUCAUGUUUCAUUGGGUGGCUCUGCUCAUAUGGAUCGCUGUCUUCCGUCUAUAUAUCUAUGGAGCAUGUAUAUUUUUCUUUGGUUCAUUCAAAUGUGUUGUACUCUGGUGCACUGUUGUUGCAAGAAAGGAUCAGAAGUUUGAGGCC